AUGUGCAAUACUGAAGUUUAUACUGGAGGAAAAGGAAAUGAUGAUGAUUCUGUCAAAUCUCUGGUGCUGAGGCUAUGUUCCUCUUACUUUGGAAAAGAACAUAUGGUAUACAUGGACAGAUUUUAUACAAGUCCUGCAGUCCUUGAAGAACUAUGGGAAAGAAAUACAUUGGGAGUUGGAACUGUGAUGAAGAACAGGAUAGGUUUGCCUAGAGACCUAAUAAAUCAAAAACUAAAGAAAGGAGAAAUGACAUUUCGUUGCAAAGGACACCUUUUCUACUUGAAAUGGAAAAAAAAACGUGAUGUACAUCUGUUGUCAACACAGCAUAACAUGACUGCUUCACUCAUCAGUGUAAAAUCCAGGAGUGGAUAUGUUGAGGUAGUAAAGCCAGACAUUGUACUAGACUACAAUUUGUUUCAAACAGGUGUUGACAUAGGUGACCAGCUGAUAAGUUACUAUCCAUUCCAGUGA